GGGCAACCACCCAGUGGGAGAAGGGAAUGGUAAUGGUUUACUAUCAGCGACUGAGCCACUCCUCAAGGCCCAGGAGCCACAGGAUUGUUUGGUUUGCUUGGAAAAGCCUGGAGAACAAGAUGAGCUCAUAUUCCAAACCCACCAAGGAAGGUCACUCUCCAUGGUUCUCCUCAGCACUUUCGUUGCUGUUUGUGGGUCUUUCGAGUUUGGAUCUUGCGUGGGCUUUACGGCUCCUCUCCAUAAUGUCAUCAAGGAUGAUCUUGGCCUGACUUUGUCUCAGUACUCCUUGUUUGGCUCCAUAGUGAGUAUUGGUGCAAUGAUCGGUGCAAUCAGUAGUGGGUGGAUUGCUGAUUUCCUUGGCCGAAAAGCUACCCUGAGAGUGUCAUCGGUGUUGUGCAUUGUAGGAUGGCUUGCCAUUUAUUUCUCCAAGGGUUAUAUAUUACUGGAUCUUGGAAGAUUCUGCAAUGGCUAUGGAAUUGGAGUGUUUUCCUAUGUGGUACCAGUCUUCAUUUCAGAAAUUGCACCAAAAGAUCUCAGAGGUGGACUAGCCACUGCAAAUCAGCUCAUGAUAGUUACUGGAGUUUCGGUUGCUUUUAUAUUGGGGACUAUACUGAACUGGCGGACAUUGGCACUGACUGGAAUUAUUCCCUGCAUUGUUCUACUACUGGGUUUGUCCUUCAUUCCUGAGUCUCCUAGAUGGCUGGCUAUGGCUGGCCGCCAAAAUAAGUUUGAAGCUGCAUUGCAAAGGCUCCGCGGCAAGGAUGCUGAUAUUUUAAAAGAAGCUUAUGAGAUCCAAGAUUCAAUUGAAACUCUUCAACACCUCCCAGAAGCUAAAAUGCUAGAUUUGUUUCAAAGAAGUAACCUGAGAUCUGUAAUUGUAGGAGUUGGGUUGAUGAUGUUUCAACAAUUUGGAGGAAUCAAUGGAAUUUCAUUUUACUUGAGCGAAAUUUUCGCAACUGCAGGAUUCCCUACCAAUGUUGGGAUUGUGCUUUAUGCUUGUUUACAGGUUCCUGUGACUGCUUUGGGUGCAAUCUUAAUUGAUAAAGCUGGUAGAAGACCUCUUCUGUUGAUUUCUGCGUUGGGGUUGUUCAUAGGCAGCACUCUUACAGGGAUAUCAUUCUACAUGAAGGUCAAUGAAUUAUCACCUCAGUGGGUUCCUCUGUUGGUUCUUACUGGCAUCAUGGUAUAUGUAGGAUCUUUCUCAAUAGGGAUGGGUGCAGUUCCUUGGGUCAUAAUGUCUGAGAUAUUCCCCAUUAAUGUGAAGGGAACGGCUGGAAGUUUUGUUACACUUGUGAACUGGUUUGGGUGUUUUGUGAAUUCUUACACUUUCAAUUAUCUCAUUAGUUGGAGUUCUUAUGGUACUUUUUUCUUCUACGCUUUCGUGUGUGCUCUGGCUUUUCUAUUUGUGGCCAAGGUUGUACCAGAAACAAAGGGGAAAACAUUGGAAGAAAUCCAAGCUUCCAUGAAUACUUAA